AUGAUAGAUAGCCCAUACUUUUCUGUCGAAUCGCAAAUACCAGACACCGUCCCGCCACAGUGCGAUAUCACAUUUGCUCAGGUCCUGUCUCGUCAUGGCGCCAGAGAUCCCACCGCUUCCAAGACAGCAGCCUACAACAGCACUAUCAACAAGAUCCACGCCAAUGUCCGAAAAUAUAGCGGUCCAUACGCCUUUCUAGAACAAUAUCAGUACACUCUCGGGGCUGAUCAGCUUACUCUUUUUGGCCAAGACGAGAUGGUGAAGUCUGGUCAGAAGUUUUAUGAGCGAUACGAAUGUCUUGCGGAAGAGUUCACUCCUUUCUUCCGAUCUUCGAGUGAGGCGAGAGUGGUGGAAUCUGCCCGAAACUUCACGCAAGGAUUCCAUGCCGCGAAGCUAGCUGACUGGAGGUCUCGACAUAUUGACUCCACAUACCCUUAUCCAAUCACAGUCAUCUCUGAGGCUGAUGGUUCCAACAACACUUUGAACCAUGGGCUCUGCAACGACUUCGAGAACGAGGCGCCCUAUAACACCACCGCAUCAGAUGCACAAGCUGCUUGGACCAAGAUCUUCAUUUCGCCGAUUCAAGCACGACUGAACGCUGGCCUUCCUGGUGCCAACUUGUCUGCGUCCGAUACUAUUGCAAUGAUGGACCUGUGUCCAUUCAAUACUGUGGCUUCUCCGAACGGGACAUUUUCUUCUUUGUUUUGCUCGCUCUUCAGCGAGACCGAGUGGCACCAGUACAACUACUACGAGACGCUCAACAAAUACUAUGGCUAUGGUCCAGGAAACAAGCUUGGGCCUACUCAGGGCGUUGGCUUCGGCAACGAACUCCUUGCUCGCCUUACUGCUCAACCCGUCAAGGAUGAAACAAGCACCAAUCACACCCUUGACAGCAGCAGUGUCACCUUCCCGCUCGGAAGACGCUUGUACGCCGACUUCUCGCACGACAAUGAUAUGACUGCUAUCUUCUCUGCUCUUGGCUUCUUCAACGGCACUGCACUACUUCCGAACACCACCAUCCUCGAGGCACCUCAGGCAGACGGCUUCUCGGCAAGCUGGGCUGUGCCUUUCGCGAGUCGCGCUUACUUCGAGAAGAUGGAAUGUGGAGGCCAAACAGAGGAAUUAGUCCGGGUCAUUAUCAACGAUCGUGUUCUACCUCUGACCCAGUGUGGCGGCGAUGGGCUUGGCCGCUGCACGCUCAGCUCCUUCAUCAACAGUCUGGGGUUCGUGAGGUCUGGCGGCGACUGGGACCAGUGCUUUGUAUGA